UUUCCACUUCCUCUCUGAUAAGCUCUGCUCAGGUUUGAAAAGGGACAAGGGAAGAACAAGCAGAGUACGGUCGUUGCCCUGAAACCAUGAACGGCAGCAACACUAACAGCAGAGACGAAGAUCGAAGAAAAGAUAGCAGUAAUACCACUCUCACAAGUCUCAACCAAACGCUAAGAAAUGUACAGGGGCUUCUUAAAGGUCGCAGCUUCCCUGGCAAGGUUAUGUUAACACGUAGAUCUGACCCACUAAGCGACUCAAGCUUACGCUCUCCGGAUACCGACAGGAGUUUCUCAAAUAAACAUGCCGGAACAAGUGAAUGGCUGGAUGACUCUGUUGAGGAUGAUAUCCAAAGUAAAAGCACUCCAAGUACUAAUUCAACUGGUAACAAGUCAAGAACAUCAACCUCCAGUGGAGAGGAUACUUCCAAAGAGUCUCAGAAGUCGACCAUUGGUGCUAGAGCUACUGAUUCUGCAAGGCUGAUGAAGUUCACAAAAGCAUUAUCAGGCCCAACAGUCAUCUUAGACAAAUUGCGCGAGUUAGCUUGGAGUGGCGUCCCACCAUAUUUGCGGCCAACUGUGUGGAGGCUUCUUUUGGGAUAUGCACCCACUAAUUCAGAUAGAAGGGAGGGAGUUCUGAGAAGAAAGCGUCUUGAAUAUCUCGAUUGUGUUGCUCAGUAUUUUGACAUUCCAGAUAUUCAGCGUACAGAUGAGGAGAUUACCAUGCUUCGCCAGAUUUCCGUGGAUUGUCCCAGAACCGUUCCUGAUGUCACCUUCUUUCAGCAAGCAGCGGUUCAGAAGUCCUUGGAGCGCAUCCUCUAUACAUGGGCCAUUCGACAUCCUGCAAGUGGAUAUGUUCAAGGAAUAAAUGAUCUUGCUACGCCUUUUUUAGUAGUUUUCUUAUCCGAAUUUUUGGAGGGCAGUGUGGAUGAUUGGACAACUUUGGAUCUACCUCCGGAGAAAAUAUCUGAUAUUGAAGCUGAUUGCUAUUGGUGCUUAUCAAAAUUGCUCGAUGGCAUGCAAGACCAUUACACCUUUGCUCAACCAGGAAUUCAGAGGCUUGUAUUUAAGCUGAAGGAAUUGGUUAGGCGGAUUGAUGAACCUGUUUCGAGACACAUUGAGGAGCAAGGGCUUGAAUUCCUUCAGUUUGCAUUCCGGUGGUUCAAUUGUCUUCUAAUACGAGAGAUACCUUUCCAUCUGGUUACCCGGUUGUGGGACACAUACCUUGCUGAAGGAGAUGCAUUGCCAGAUUUCCUUGUGUACAUAUUUGCCAGUUUUCUUUUAACGUGGUCCGAUAAGAUCCAGAAACUUGAUUUCCAAGAGAUGGUGAUGUUCCUCCAACACCUUCCAACUGAGAACUGGAACCAUGUAGAGCUGGAGAUGGUGCUUUCCAGAGCAUAUAUGUGGCACACCAUGUUCAAGAGUUCCCCCAGCCACUUCUCUAGUUGAUGAAAGGGAAAUAUUUGUUUCUUCCCUGAUGACUGAGCAAUACGUUUUUUAUUUUUUUUUAUUUUGUUGUUCCUUUUCCUAUAUGUAUUUUUUUUUUCCCUUUUCCUUUGUGGGAAACUAACUUAUUGUUGCCAUUUGUAUUAUGAUUUCUAACCUUUGUAUGUGUAAUGAGUUCUAUGUACUAGUACCUUUUGACCAAACAGCACGAAACUUUCGACUGUAACACUACUAAAUAUUCACUUUUUGUGAAUUUGUCAAUUUUAUUAAUGAAAAACAAUAAUUUUUAA